AUGCUGGUGGGUGUGAGCAUGCUAGUCUGGGGUAAGGUUGUGAACAUGCUGGGCCAGGGUAUGGGAAAGGAGUAUCAGGAAAGGGAACAGUAGUUCAUGGAAGACAAAAAAAGGAAGAAAGAAGACAAAAGGAAAAGAGAAGCCUCUCAGAAGGUUGCAGAGCAAAAAAACAAAGUGCCAGAAUUGACCAAGCCCUCGUCCACCCAGUCUCCUGCCGCCCCCAGCUCUGCUUCCCCCAGCCCUGGACCCACCCCCUCGGCGUCCCCCUCCCCUGCCACCGCGGCUGCAGGCGUCGCCCCCCCCCAGGGUGGGAACAAUGCGAAGCGGCCGGCGGUGGCCAACGGACAGCCCCCCGCAGCAGGCACCCAGGCCUCCCAGCGCUACAUGCCCCGUGAAGUGCCCCCGCGAUUCCGCUGCCAGCAAGACCACAAAGUGCUACUGAAGAGGGGCCAGCCGCCGCUGUCCUCCAUGCUACUGGGGGGAGGCACCGGACCAGGGGGAGGAGGGGGAGACUGCCCCAAUGCAACCAUGGCUGCUGCCUCAGAUUCUAGUCCAGGCUAUGUGGGUCCAGCUGCACCCUCACUGCCCCUCACCUCCUCCUCCUCAUCAAUCGCUGCUUCUUCUACUACUUCUUCCAAUUAUGCAAAUUCCACGUGGGGGGUUGGCUCUGGCAGCCUGCCCUCCUCUCAGGGCAGGGAGAAGGUCAUCGUGGACGGCUCAGACCUGGAGGAAUGGCCUAGCAUUGCCGUUGGCGACGGGAAUGGAGCAGGAGGAGGUGAAGCUUCGGGGACAGGAAGUGGUAGUGCUUCGUCUGGUGAGGGCGGUGGUGGAGUGCCGAACAGCAGUGCCUCGCAGAAAGGUGGCGAUCCUGGCAGUCCCCCAUCACCCACUUCCUCGUUCUCAAUGCCCAAUGAAUGUAUGCUGUCCGUCAGUGUGGUGUGGGGAGCUGCUGCCUCACAGGGUCCUCCAGGGGCAUCAGUGCCCUCCAUUUCCAAAGCCUCCCCUCUGCCAAUGGGCCCUGAUGGAUCCCUUGGUGGCAGUGGGGUGAUCCCUGGUGCCAACUUCAACCCAAAUGCCAACCCUUCCGCCUGGCCUGCUCUGGUGCAGCAGGAUGGGGCUGGGGUAGCUUCCUCUGAGGGUGCCCCCCCCCCUUCCCUUCUCCAGAGCCUGGCUGGGUCUCUGUCUGGCCUGGGGAACCCACCUCUAGCUGUGAAUCAAUCCGCUCAUCAGCAACAACUUCACCAAAUGCAAUCCAGAGACAGAGCGCACACGUCGGAUGGGGGUUGGGGUGGAGCGGUACUGGAGACCGGAGCAGGACCAAAAAAACGAGGGGACAGGGGUGGGAGCCGAUACAGACUGUGGGGGAGGAGGCAAUGGUGGAGAGAACCUCGCUGCCUCCCAAACCUCAUCCUCCUCUUGGGGAGGCCAGGGGAGCUGCUGAGGGUGGUGGAGGCUCGGGGUGGAAGUACAGCGCUCAGGGGGGUAAUGGAGGGAAAUCCUGGGGUGCUGGAAGUGGGGGUAGCACUCAAACCCCCGGGGUAUCUCAGGGAGGGGGUGCAGGAGGAGAGCGAGGUUCUUCAGUUGGAGACUGGGGAAGUAAUUCAGGUGGGAUGGGUGGAGGUGGAAAUCCAGGAGGGGAGGCUGGUGGUGUCGGAGGCCGCAGCAGUAGCAGCAGCAGCAAUGCUCAGCCGCAGUGACCUGGACCCACGCGUCCUCUCCAACACAGGCUGGGGCCAGACCCAGAUCAGACAGAAUGUGGCCUGGGACCUAGAACCAGGAAAAGGAGGGUCUGGGUCGUCUGCUUCAUCCCAAAACGCUUCACCUCCCAUGGGGCCAUCUUCUCAAUACUCCACUGGCUCUGCUACAACUACUGAUCCAAUGGCUCCUACCCCUCUCCCUGGCUCAGCUCCCAACCUGAACUCCAACCCUUCACUUGGGACCCCUGGUGGCUCCGGGGAGGGCUGGGAGGUUGGUAACAACGGCAGCUGUAGUGGCAGUAACUCCAUGCCCAACCAAGGGCCACCUCCCCUAGGCUCCAACAUGAGAAACCCUCCUGGCGUCACUCAAUCUGGGUCAAUGACCACUGGAGCAGAGGUUGGUACGUGGGGUAGCUGGGAUGAGGGGGCCCCGAGGAGAUCCUGGGGGGCAGGAGGUACGGGUGGGGGGGGCGGAGGAGGGGUGGGGGGGGACAUGGGAUGCACCAAACCCCACCAGGGGCGUUGGGGUGGAGGUGGGAAGAUGCACCCGUCACCGAUGCCAAACAGCCAGACGGCUUCUGUGAAAGGUGCCAUGGCACCGCAGCAACAUUCGCAGCCCCCACCGCAACAAACGCUGGAACCGGGAGGAGGAGGAGGAGGGGGCUGGGUGAGACAACCGGGUGCUCAGCACCAGAACCAAAGCAGUUCGGGCUGGAUUGCCGGACCCAUCCCCAGUGGCCCUGGGGGAGGGGAAGGACCAGAGUCCAGCGGGUGGGAGGAACCUUCACCGCAAUUCAUUAGCCGGAAGAUGGACAUUGACGAUGGGACAUCGGCUUGGGGAGACCCCAGCCAGUUUAAUAAGAAGACUGUCAACCUGUGGGAGAAGAAUGGCUCUCCUGCUGGUCAUCAGCCGGAAAUGCAGGGCCAGGGAGCAGGACCACCGACCCAACAGCAGCAGGGGCUACCAGCUCUACAGCAGCCUGGACCUGGGAGGCAGCCCACUGGGAUGGGUGGCAGGGACAUCAACCCUGGGCCUGGAAGGCAGCCAACUGGGAUGGGAGGCAGGGACAUCAACCCUGGGCCUGGGAGGCAGCCCACUGGGAUGGGAGGCAGGGACAUCAACCCUGGGAAAGCUCCAGGGAUGGCUCCAUCGUCCGGCUGGGACGGUGGCUCUCCCUCGGACCCCCCAGUGGACAACGGCACUGCAGCCUGGGGGAAACCUACUGAGACCCCCACCGGCUGGGAAGACCCUGGGAAGACCACCUCUGGCUGGGGAAACCCCUCACCCAACCCCAUCAAAUCUGCAGGUUCAAAGUCUAUGCAAGAAGGAAGCUGGGGUGAGGGCGACCAGGGCUCUGUGGCGGCCUCUCGUCACUCCAGCUGGGAGGAAGAGGAGGAGGGAGGUGGAGGGGUGUGGAGCAGCGCUGGAUCCCAGGGUAGCAGCUCUUCCUACAACAGUGGGGGCUGGGGCCAAGGUCACGGGGGCAAGAAGCCCAACAAGGCUCCACUGAAGAGUGGAGGAGGAGACUCCUGGAUGAACCCCAUGAAUAAACAGUUCUCCAACAUGGGGCUCCUGGGUGAUGAUCCUAGUGGGCGACCUCUGGACCUGGCCCCUGGUCCUUCUCAGGAUAAGAAAAUGGAGGGAGAGAAGCGAGGGAUGGGCCUGAAUGACUACAAUGGAGAGAUGCGUAAAGGAGGGCAGAGAGGAGUGGGAGGAGGAGGCAUGGUCUACCGUUCACCUGGUUCCAAAGAGAUUGGGCCUGGCGACCCUGGGCCUUGUUAUGACAAGCAGCCCUUGCCGUUCACCAAUCAGGAUGGGUGCCUUGGGGAGGAGUACUCUCCACCCACUGUCUACAAACCCUCCCCCCUCUACAGCCACACUAUCCCCCCUAGACAAGGUGGUCAUAACAUGUUUGGCGGCUGCGGUGGUGGGAUGCCCCAGUCCAGACACCAGCCCGGUGUGCCACCCAUCAACACGUCCGCUGGGAUACGAGCGCAAGUGCCUCAUCAGUACCUGUCGCCUCAGGUGCCAGGUUCCAUGCUGAAGCAGGUGGCACCUCCCAGUGCCGGCAUGGGUGGAGUCGGGGGUGUGAGUGGGGUGGCGGGUGUAGGAGGGGGUGUGUUCCCCCCUCAGCUGUCCCCCCAGCACAUCGCCAUGUUGAGCGGCAUCUACCCCCCCCAUAUUCAGUUCCAGCUGGCCUGCCAGCUCCUCCUCCAGCAGCAGCAGAACCCCCAGCAGCUCACCUCACCACAGCAGCUACAACAGCUGCUACAGAACCAGAGAAAGUUCCCCCAGAACCUACGCCAGCAGGCCGACCCCCAACAGCUGGCUAGGAUCGUGGCUGUUCUCCAGCAGCAGAGGCAGCAGCAGGGUGUCGGAGGGGGCUCCAAACUAUCACCCUCUGACCUGGGAGGAGGAGGCCCCAAACUGCCUAUGACUGACUCCCUGCCCCAUCCAGGCAUGGGUGGCUCUGUGGACCUGCACCAGAAAACACAGGGCUACUCUGGCUAUGGUGGAGGAGUGAACCUGUCUGGUCUGGACAUGGGGGGCUCGGUGAUGGGAGGCCCAGGGGGGAUGAAGGACAUGGGGGGGCAGCAGUCCCGCUUCAAAUGGAUGAUGGAGGGUCACUCUCCUGCCCCCUCCCCUCCUGAGAGCCUCAACAAAAACGGUCCUAUGUCCACCCCUAUGAGAAGGGGGGGCUCUCCAUACUCCCAGUAUGACAUGAUGGGAGGGGAGGGGCUAGGCAUGCCCCUCCAGAGGGACAACUGGCACCGUACUCCUGGGAACAAGAUGGGCUCCAAGCCCCAGGGCACGUCCAGCUGGCCUCCUGAGUUCCAGCCCGGCGUGCCCUGGAAGGGGAUCCAGAGCAUCGACCCAGAGUCUGACCCCUACAUGACCCCAGGGAGUAUGAUGGGAAUCCCUGGGCCGUCCAGCCUCAAUGACACCGAGCACCAGUUGCUAAGAGACAACACAGAAGCCAACCCCUCCCUGAACACCUUGCUGCCUUCACCUGGUGCCUGGCCCUACAGUGCCUCAGACAGCCCCCUCAACAACGCACACAACUCAGCAAAGUACACGGAGUACAAGACCAGCUGGCCCCCUGAGCCCAUUGGACACAACAAGAUGUGGAAGACCAAUCGCAACCAACAGUCCCAGCAGCUGCCACGCCCACCCCCGGGACUCACCAAUCAGAAGCAGGCCUCGCCGUCCCGUGGCCCGUGGCAGGCCCGUGGCUGGGGCAGCUCGAGCGGGAGCCAGGAAACCAGAUAUGGCCCUGGCUCUGCUUGGAGUGAUGGGGGGACCUCCAGAGGAAGCUGCUGGCUGGUGCUCUGCAAUCUCACUCCACAGAUCGACGGCUCCACCCUCCGUACCAUCUGUAUGCAGCAUGGCCCCCUGCUGACCUUUCACCUUGGCCUGACCCAGGGCAGCGCUCUGAUUCGCUACAGCACCCCACAGGAAGCUGCGAAGGCCCAGAGUGCACUACACAUGUGUGUCCUGGGCAAUACCACCAUCUUGGCCAAGUUUGUGAGCGAGGAAGAGGUUGCUCGCUAUUUUGCACAUUCCCAGGCGGGAGGGGCCAGCGGAAGCCAGGGGGGGCCCACAGGGACCGGUGCAGUGGGGGCCAAUAGCAGUGGAGAGAGGGAACGAGACAGAACCAGAGGAGGAGGAGAGAGCUCUGCCCCUGGAGGAGGCGGCAGCUCAGGGCCCGUCAGCUCUGGCUGGCAGAGUUUGGACAGUACAGGAGGCUGCCUGGAUACUACCCCUGCCCAGGGGCCCGGCCUGAGCAUGUUUGCCCAGUGGAGCAGCAACGGUGCUGGGGUGGCUGGGGGUGUGGAGCUCAGCAGACAGGGUUUGUGGGGAGGGAUGGGGGGUGGUGGGUACCCCAGCAGUAGUAUGUGGGGGUCCCCUGCCAUAGAGGAUCCACACCAGAUGGGGAGUCCUGCUGCUCUGCUGCCUGGAGACCUGCUAGGAGGAGGGGCUGAUUCCAUCUGAAUGACCACACCUAAUACAUGAACCUACACGUGAAGACAGUAUAAAUGUAUUUAUACUGUGUGUGUGUGUGUGUGUGUGUGUGUGUGUGUGUGUGUGUGUACACACCGAAUAAACAUACAUUUACACAUGUUCUCACACACAUAUACAUACUUAAACACACACAGAUGAAAUGACACUAGUCACAAACAUGCAGAUCCUCUGACUCUCACACAUUGUGUCAUUAAUAGACCGUGACAUGCCAACACUACUCAACAUACAUACAUAUUUUUCCCUUAAAUGAAGACUUCAACAGCAAGACUAGAACAGACCAAGGUGGAAUCCGUUACUCACUCAUCUGGAUGACGACUCUUCACCCAUUAACCAGAACUCACUGAGUAUCCUGAGAUCCUAUCAUUCAGGCCCUGUAGAGAAACCAACAACAUGACAACACAUGGAGCUGUUCCUAUGUGAUUGUGUAACACCUUAUUACAACACCCCUCUACUAUACAAACCUACAGGAUGACUUGUUUUCACAGCACCGGGCCUACAGUCCCUACCUACCUGGCCCAACCCUUUCUGACUCUCUUUCUCACCAGUUACACACUGCUAUGUCACUGCUAUGAUGUCUAAUGUAUCUUGUUGUAUGUUGGUUAAAUUGUGGAAAAAUCCAAGAUGUCCUUUCUCUCUUUUUAGUUUUUACUUCAAAAUGCUGACCUCGUUAUGUUUUCUUACUCAAUCAAGUUGGUUCUUAUAAUGCCAUGCUGAGGAUGACUGAUCACUUGUUACUAGCUGUACAAGGUGCCCUCCUGCCUGCCUGUGGAACUGUGCAUGAGAGGAGUGACGGGAUGAUGGGAGGAGCAUGUGGGUGCGUUUCACAGCUAAGAUGAGGUGACGCAACAACCAAUGUUUGCCUGCCACGUCAUCGACUGACAAAUUCUUAUAACAUGAAGUGGUUAGCUGAUACUAUGCCUGGAUAGGUAUUUUGAGUAAGAACUGUCAGGCAUCAGCAACGUCUAAGCAUAGGAAUGCGCCCUGUGUGUGUGUCGUUGCCGUGGUGAAUUCCUUUUGGCGAUGAGAACAUGAUUAACAAGUGCGUGAUUGUGUGCUGGUGAUGUGUGAUAGGAAAAGUGUGUGUGUCUGAAAUGCUUUUCCCUUUCAGGGAGACAAAUGUGUGUGUGACUGCUUACAUCAGGUGUGUGUGUGUGUGGCUCGAAGUUCAACAACAUAGGCACUAAUGCAUAUUUCUCUUAAGUUGUGGUUUUAGCAGCAUUUUUUGGGGGGGGUCUGAAUUGCAAUAAGCUUUUUUCUUUAAAAAAAAAAGAAGCAACCAACUGAAGGCAUCCAUGUUAAGAUGCCAAAACCUACCAAACCAAGCAGAGCUGGAGCAGUGUUUUGCAAACACGUUAAAGUUACUAAUUGUAAAAUGUUUUGUGUAUCAAUUUAAAUUAAGGUGGGCUUUAUCACUCCUGUUCAGGUUAUUUUAGUUUCUUUUGGGAUUUUUACAAAGGAGGACAUUUUAAUUUAAGCAAACAAGAACAAGACAAUAAAAGGUUGUAUUAAA